AUGAACUCUAAUCUGUUCCAGCACUGGUCCCCUACUGUGAACCCUUCCUGCUACAGCUGCAGAGGGGCCGCGCCUAGUUGUACUUUGAAACAGGUAUAUGAUUCUCUGUCUCUCCUAGAGUUAGCAAGCCUUGCCUACGGUGCCUCGGCCAUGUUUGAGGUGAAGGCCAGCAACGGGACGGUUUGUAUAAAGGCCAACUUCUCUGCCGCCUUCUGGACAAGCUAUGAGACUGGGAGUGGGUCUCAGAACGCGACCUUUCCCCUGCCAUCCUCCGCACACGUACUAAAUAGCAACAGCUCGUGCGGUGGAGUCAACGCCUCCGAGCCCAGCCUGGCCAUCGCCUUUGGAGGAGGACAUUCGCUGACCCUCCAGUUCACACGGAAUGCCACCCGCUACCGCGUCCGGCUCCUGCACUUUGUGUAUAAUUUGGGAGACACAGACAUCUUCCCCAAUGCGAGCUCCAAGGAAGUCAAGGCUGAGGACUCCAUGACUGACAUCCUGGCGGACAUAGACAAAAAGUACCGCUGUGUCAGCGCCACCCAGGUGCACAUGCAGAAUGUGACCAUCACUCUCUCCGACACCACCAUUGAGGCCUACUUGUCCAACGGCAACUUCAGCAAGGGAGAGACGCGCUGCAAGCAGGACCUGCCUUCUCCGACCUCUGUGCCACCUGCACCACCCAAACCCCCCACACCGCCCAGCCCCACACCCCCAAGCCCCACCGCAUCCACCUACAACGUGAGCGGCAACAAUGGGACUUGCCUGCUGGCCAGAAUGGGGCUGCAGUUGAACGUCACCUACUCACGCAAGGACAACACGACCAUGACCAGAGUGGUCAACAUCAACCCCAAUGUAGCCACUGCCAUGGGGAGCUGCAGUGCCAACCUGGUGUCCCUGGAGAUACGGAGUGAGGACGGCGUGGUCCUGGGCUUGAACUUUCGCAUGGUGAGGCUCCCGCGUCGGGGCCUCUUCGCAGGGCUGCCUCCUGCCACCUUCUGUCGUGCCUUGAAUUCGAGUGCCAACCGGUUCUUCCUAGAAACGGUCAAGUUGAACAUGACCGUCCCUGAUGCCCAAGGGGCCACUGUCCAAGCGGCCAACAACUCGCUGAGAGCCCUUCAGGCCACCGUUGGGAACUCCUACAAGUGCACCACUGAGGAACGCCUGCGUGUCACGCCCAGCUUCUUCCUCAACCUCUUCAGCGUGCAGGUCCAGGCUUUCAAGGUCGAGGGGAACAAGUUCGGGUCCGCUGAGGUGUGUCUGCUGGACGGGAACAACAUGCUGAUCCCCAUCGCCGUGGGCGGCGCCCUGGCUGGGCUUGUGCUCGUGGUGCUCCUGGCCUACCUCAUCGGCAGGAAGAGGAGUCACGCCGGCUACCAGACCAUCUAGGCGCAGCGGGCGCCGCAGACGGGGCGGCUGCCGCACCGGGCGUGCGUGGUGUGCAGGGAGGCACACUUUCUGGCAAACUGUUCUCAAAUCUGCUUACAAAUGUGAAGUUCAUCUUGCAACAUUUACUAUGCACAAAGUUAAUAUUGAAAUGACGGUGUUAAUUUUGCUAACUGGGUUAAAUAUUUUGCUAACUGGUUAAAUGUUAAUAUUUACCAAAGUAGAACUACGCGAGGGCAAGAGUGCUUUUCUGAAUUGGCAUGGGCUCCACUCAUUCACUGUUUCAAAAUUCAGUGUUGGUUCCUUUCUUCUUUGCUCAGAUUUAGGCCGUGCAGAGUCAGGUCUGAACACGCAGACCGACAGGGGUGGCAGACAGGCUGGCACACCCAGGAGCUAACAUGGGUCCCGGGCACAUCUGGAGGCUCGUUGCAGCCUCAGGUCGGGAGGACCAGGCCCGGCGUCCAGCCUGUGUUACCAGCCUGCUGUCUGAAGCUUCUGCUUUCCUAGGUGUCAAAAGGGUGUUGUUUUUGUUCACUUGUAAAAUGGUUCCUGGUCUUGUGUUGGCAUCCGGUGUCGCCCUGUCGUGCGUUGUACAAGGAUAGGCUCUCACUGCCGAGGCCUCUGCUGUGCUCGGUGGCUAGCACAGAGCCUGGCUCUGUGAGCUGCAUUGCCUGUAACGAUGCUAAUAAACAGACACUUUCUUUGUC